AUGCGGAAAUGUCCCAGAACGAGUGGCUGUCGCUGCUGCUCAGCGCCGAGGUCUUCCUCUACUGCGGACACCAGGGGGGCGAGCAGUUCGUGGAUAUGUCUCUGCUGCAGCGUUGUUUGCUGCUUCCGGAGGAGCCAUCAGCAGCAGCAGCAGCAGCAGCAGCAGCAGCAACUACUGCUGCUGCUGCGCAGGCGCCGCAGCCAAGACCUGCAGCACAGGCGGCUGUGCUGCUCUGCGGCUGCAGCAGCGCCCAACUCCGCAGCAGCAGCGACGGCGGAGAGCCAACAGGGACAGUCGUCGACUAUCUUUGUGCAGGAUGCCCUAUGGUUGCAGGCAAUUUGUGGGCGGUGA